AUGCCAUCAAAAGAAAAACGGUUUGAUGAACCGAGAGUUUCGGGAGUUGGGGGCCACACUGAACCUGAAAAGCUUAAUUUGUAUCCCAGGUAUUCUCAGCUUGUGAAGCUACCCAGCAUGAACACGCUUUCGGUCAGUCCCACAGCACAGAGAAGAGGAGGAAAUCUCUUUAUGGCUUAUGGACAGAGAACAUGGUGUUUGGCUAAGCCUUCAUCAGAUCAGGCUACCCUUUUGGCUAACAUCAAUUAUGCUUGUUCCCAAGUUGAUUGUCGGAUCUUGCAAAGAGGAAGCCCUUGCUUUGCCCCUGACAAUCUCUUGAAUCAUGCCUCCAUAGCAAUGAAUCUCUAUUAUCAGUCUAGGGGAAGAAACCAUUGGAAUUGUGAUUUCAGAGGUUCUGGCCUUGUUGUGGUGACUGAUCCUAGUUAUGGUAGCUGCAUUUACCCAUAG